AUGGCGAAUUAUCAGAUCGAGGACGAUGCAUCAGACACCGAGUCGUAUUCGGUGAAAUCAGAUGAAAGUGACAGCAUUUCGGCACUUGACAAGCUGCCAGUCCCUGAAACAGUCAGCAGCUUCAUUCCAAGGGCUCUUGAAACUCAGCCGGCUCAUUUCGACCCAGUGCAAUCCCUUCGAAGAGGGAAGAGCAAGUUGAAAAGAAACGCAAGCCAGAAGUCUGCCGCUGAUCCCACUCUUGUUACCUGGGAUGGGCCGAAAGACCAUUCGAAUCCAAAAAAUUGGCCAAAAAGCAAGAAAUGGACUGCAACCUUGCUAGUAUCGUGCUUUACGUUUAUAUCUCCAGUCGCAUCGACAAUGGUUGCGCCAGCGCUCGGCGACAUCGCAGACGAAUAUCACAUUACAUCAUCAAUUGAGAAGAUCUUGGUCAUGUCUAUAUUCUUGCUCGCCUAUGCCGUUGGUCCAUUUCUAUGGGGCCCACUCUCUGAGGUCUUUGGUCGUGUUCGUGUCCUGCAAGCCGCGAAUAUCAUCUAUCUUCUUUUCAACACGGUCUGUGGCUUCGCUCAGACUAAGCAACAAAUGAUGGCGUUCAGGUUCUUGAGCGGCAUUGGAGGAAGUGCUCCGCAAGCUAUCGGUGGCGGCGUCCUCAGUGACUGCUUCAGAGCGGAAGACAGAGGCUCUGCUAUCGCCGUCUACAGCUUGAUGCCAUUCAUCGGCCCUGCGUUAGGUCCCGUUGCUGGCGGAUACAUCACUCAAUACACAACAUGGCGGUGGGUGUUCUGGUCGACAUCUAUCUUCGACGCAGCGGUUCAAGUCCUUGCACUCGCUUUGCUCCCUGAAACUUAUCCGGCAGCAAUAUUGCUCAAAAAGGCAAAGGAGCUACGGAAGCAAACGGGCAACCAGGAACUUCACACGGACCGCGAAGGACCAGACCACUCCAUGGGGAAGAUCAUGACGAAGAGCCUUGCAAGGCCGUUCAUCAUGCUAUGUACUCAGCCUGCGUUGCAGUUGAUGUCGCUCUUUCGAGCCUAUCUUUAUGGUCUGAUGUACCUCGUGCUUGCAACAUUUCCCACAGUGUUCCAACAAUCCUACGACCAAAGCGUAAGCCAGGCGAGUUUGAACUACUUGUCACUCGGUGUCGGCUUUGUAGGCGGCCUUCAAGUGUCUGGUCGAUUGCAGGACCGGACUUAUGCCUAUUGCAAGAGACACCAAAUCGAUCCAUGCGCCUCGCUUUUCGCCAAAGCCAACUGGGCGUUACCGGAGUAUCGCCUGCCGCUCGCCCUCCCAUUCUCCAUACUGGUUCCAAUCGGUCUUUUCAUCUAUGGCUGGUCGGCCCAAGCACAGGCGCACUGGUUCGUGCCGAACAUGGGCGCGUGCAUCUUCGCGUUCGGGCUUAUCAUUUGCUUCAAUUGUGCUCAGGCAUAUGUUGUCGACACCUACAACACAUAUGCUGCUUCAGCAACCGGAGCUGCAGCUUUUGUCAGGACGAUGGCGGGUUUCAGCUUCCCACUAUUCGCUCCAAAAAUGUACGAUAGCCUCGGCGUGGGCUGGGGAAACAGUCUGCUUGCUUUCGUGAGCUUGGGAUUAGGCAUUGUAGCUCCGAUCGCCAUGUGGAGAUGGGGGAUUUGGCUGAGGAGUAAAAGUACAUACUGUGUGGGAUGA